AUGAGCAGCUCAAGUCCGACAGACAUCUUGAACGAGAUUCCGAUGCUUGGCCAACAAGUUUUUGACAUGAAGCUGGACGAAGAGAGAAAAGUCAACCCUCAGAAUCCUGCGAAAACUGUGCAGAUCAGCAACAACAGGGUGGUGUAUUAUGAAAGUUUUCAUUUGCUGAUCAACCGCUACACGUACAACAAGAAUCAUGGAAUCUCUUUUCACGAUGACAUUAAAGAAGGAUAUGAUGUGGACAAAGAUCCCAUUACUUCUUUCUCCUGCCGACUCGGGUCUUUGCUGGUUAUCAUCUCCAGCAGAGCACCAGAGAAACAAGAGAAGACCGAGGGCAAACGUGCGUUUGUUGUGUAUCAGCCUCCGGGAACAAUUCUUGUGAUGGGCGGCAAGUUUCAGAGAGCUUACAAACAUGGUGUACCAAGUUUUCAGGAGAUCAAAGAGCUUCUUGCUUGUGCAGACGACUUGACUACUUGGGACGGUGUGAAACUAAAAUUGGAGUGGUUUUCGAAUUCGAAAGACUUGAUGCGACAGGAAGUUAGACGUAUUGAGUCCUUCAAUCUGGUCAACGAGCAAGACGCACGUUGGAACGUCACAAUGCGAUGGGUGAGAAAUCAUUCACAGCCUUUCUGUCCUCUAAAUCCCCGACUCUUGGCAAAUAUCAGUCGACUGGAUGAAGAAAAUCAUCAGCGGAGGAAUCAGCUGAAGCAGCUGAAACUGUUGAACCCGGUAUUGCAGAAAAAAACUGCAGAGCCAAAGGCAAAGGCCGCUAGCCCGGCAUUUGCUUGGAACCCGCCCGGAGGAAACAGAGCUCGUCCAAGCAAAAGCGGAACACAGGAUGUGAAUCCGGGGAGGGAAACCGAGGAGAAAGAAUCGGAGAAAGAUUCAGAAAAGGAAUUAAAUGAGAUAUUUGACUUCGUUUCUAUUGUUUCUGAUGCCCUGGAGCUGCAGAUAUUAUCAGACGAUCAGAUGAUUGGCAUGGCAUUGUGUGCCAGCCAGCAAAUUCGCAAACAUCGUUUCUCCACAUUUCAGAAACAGUACAAUCUUGGUUACAAUUUGUACAACAAGAUUUCGGCAGCGAAUAUGAAAGUGAAAGAGGAUUUAGACCCGUUACUCGAGGCUGUAGAUCGGAAACUGAGGAGAUUGAAAAACUUGCAGAUGCUUAUUGAGCUUUUGUGGUUGGACAGCGAAGGUCGGGGCAAUUUCAUGAGCUGUACUACUCUGAACCAGCAGCACGAGUUCAACAAGUCAAAUGAUCAUCUGAAUCGGGUUGUGAUGUCCUUCUUUGACUUGAACGAAUGCUUGCCUGUGGACGGCUUUUUGAGCUGGGAUCACAUGAUUGAUGAAGGAUGGCUGGUGUUCAAUUUCGACACUUUACAGGACAAUCGAAAACCCAAAGCGGAGGCAUCUCUCGACUCAUUCUGUAUGGCUAGUUCGGCAGCGGCGAAGCCACGAGCCCGUCCUCGCAAAGUCAUUGCGAUCCAAGACCUUGAUGCACUAAAAGCCAAAAAGCAACAGCUAAAACAAGAUCUCAAAGAGAUGAAUAAAACGGUGAAGGUGCAACAGCAGAAGAAAAGACGUCUCAUGAAAGCUGCUCACAAUUUGCACGAUGAGGACCUUUUAUGGCUUCUACGUGAACGUCAAACCCAACGAAGUGAAGACCCUAAUUCUGCUCAGGAUCAAAAUGGAGAUGCGGCUGAAGAUUUAUCUGCUGAGAAUGUCGAGCCCAAUGAGACAGUGAAUAGUGAGGAACAUGUGAACAGAACGGUGAAGUUAAUGAAAAACAUCUCCAAUGAGAUCACCAGAGAGACUGGAGCCACUACAAAACCACGAAAUUCAGUUCGAGCAUCAUUGAGCAAGAAUGUGGACCAAACUAAAUUUGGUAGCUUGGGCAAUGCCUUCGCAAUCAUUUUUGUCGAAGUGUUCGAAGUGGGUACUUUGGCUGCCUGCGAUUGGGAGAUCAUCGAAACUGCACUGGAAUGCAUUGUUGCAGCAAAGCAUGUGAGAGACUUCGAGCUCUUGGACUGGGUCCAAGAGGAGGAAGCGAGAAAAGCUAGGGAAGCAGAGGCGCUGAAGGAGAAAGAAAAUGCUGAGAAGGCUGAACAGGAGAAACUCAAACAACAGCACAUCAUGCGUCUGCAAGAGAUCAGAGAGGUCAAAAAACAAUGCGAACGUGAUGAAGCCAAACUUGUGGCGACAUGUCGAGAAUCUUCCAGCUCGCACUAUGUGGAUGGAGCUCCCAAACCAGCUGAUUUAUUCCGAGGAGACACACCCGAGAUGAAAAAGCCGAAAAACGACUAUCAUGCCAAGUUCCAACCCAGAUAUGAAUUACCAAGCGGCACGCCAGAAUCUGCCAGAUCAUUCAUUGGUUUGGUGAAACUCUUGAAGAAGCAGCUUACACUGGAGGAUGUACACCAGUUGGCAGUUUUAUCCAAGUCCAUGAAGGAGGUUACAACAAUUUGGCAAAAACUUCUGUCCGACAAUGGGAACGUACUGCCUCCAGAGUGGAACGCAGAAGAAGAUUUGAGAAAUGUGCAACAUCGCUGUGAUGACACACUCUUCAGUCAGGUUGGGAAAGCUCUAGCAACAGUGUUGACCGAAUUGUUGCAGGUGAUUGACCUCGACAUUGAGAAUCUGACUGACAUUGUGGAACAUCUCGACAACAUGUCAUCAACCAAGCAGAAUUUGAACAAUGGUUCAGCACUGGAAAAAAGAAAAUUGGAAUCUUGUCAGAGCCAAGAUGACAUUAGACGACAGAGCCUGGAACAGCUGCGGGCACUGCGACAGAAAAGAGAAGCUGUUGAAGACGAAGAAAAACAGAUUGAAGCACUCAUUGCCGACAUUGACAAACGUCAGAACAGUGCUAAGUUCUCCAGUACAGCAGCAAGCAAAUUUGCUGUGGUUCAGCAAUGGCAGGAUCAAGCAAUGUCGCAUAAACAGUGCACAUCGAAACGAGGAAAACCAACCUUGGAGCAGCGACAGCUGAAGAGAAGAAGGACGCUGAAAUUUGCGGAUUUCGUGGAGAUUGCAAAACAAAAUGGCAUCACCAAUGAAAACGAGUUUUGGAAAAUUGCUGGCAGAGAAAAAGAUGCAGUUCCGAUUACUCAGAAUGAAGAGCAAGCUGCUCAACAAAAGGAUGAUUCUUCAUAUGUCCUUUGUCAAUACGAUUCCUCUGAAAAUGAGGAAGAAAAGGCUCUGAAAACGGAACACAGAUCAUGGAUCAUGAUGUGGACCUUCCCCACACCGAGAUCGUAUUUGAAAACUUAUGAAGAAAGAAAGAAGAAAAAUGAGCUGAUUCCAAGAGACAUCAGCAGAGAGGAGCUCGAAAAAAACUUUUUGGAUGCUUUGAACAAGUGCCAGCUGAUGGGGAAAUUGAGGCAGAUGAUAGUGGUUUACGAACCACACAAGAAGCUUAUGCCGGAUGGCAGUGCACACGAAAUGCACUACCACGUUUGUUUCAAGAUGUCUGCAAACUUUGCCCACAAAGGGGUGUCCAACACACUCGCUCAACACUACGGGCUACAUGGACACAUGUCGUACCCGAGGAAAGGCUGGUACCAAAUGGCAAAGUACGUGCUCACAGACUCUGCUGUGAAGCUACCCGUACAUUUAGACCCGACUCCAUUAUUCUGGCCGACAAGAAUGACAAAAGAAGACAUGCUGAAGAAGAUGCAGCUCACCGAAGAGGACUACUUGAAAAAAAGAGCGGAAGAAAAUAGGAUGCAAUGGAAGGAAGAAAGCAACAAUGGCGAUGGUACACAUCAGGACCGAUGGAGAAAAAGAAGGAGAGUGCUCGAUUUCUCCGAAUUUUCCGACUACGUCCUACACCACAAAAUCACAAACGAACAAGAGUUCUGGGUGUUGGCUUGUAAGGAGAAAGAAGCAGGCAAUCCAACUCUGUGGAACUAUGGUGGAACGGCGGCUGUGGCCAAACAAAUCCAGAAAUGCAAUAAGGCACACAUGGCCCAAUUCCGGGACGAUGUCUUUUUAGGCACCUCGAAAGCUACAAGCAAAUAUCCAUUAUCUGCUUUCAACAUCCCAGACACAAUUCGUGUUUGGAUGGAACACUUCAAAGGUGAAAUGGCUCUUAUCAUCCAAGGCGAGGGAGGACUUGGAAAGACAGAAAUGGCAAAGGCAAUAUUGGCCUCAAUGGGAAAGUACUUUUUUGUGGACAGUUUGGAUACUGUGAAAUCAUUGCUUUUCACAGGAAAAGAGUCGAUUCUUUUCGACGACGUCACACUGCAGAACUUCUCAGUUGACGAGGUGAAGUCGUUUCUCGACGUCAAAUCGGAAAGAGCCGUGAAAUGCCGCCAUGAGGAUGGUUUUAUUCCUGCUGAUACUGUCAGGAUAUUUCUAACAAAUCAUGAACGGCAUACCUUUUUUCCAAGGGAAACUGAGAACAAAGAUCAUUCAAGGGCCAUCAACAGAAGAAUGAUCUGGGUCACAGUGACCGAGAAACUGUUCACGGAAUCAGAUGGAAAGACUCAAAAAGACAAAGAAAAAGAAGUUGGAGUAGAGUGUGAGUCGGAGAUUCCGGUAAUGGAUGAUCUGGAAACACUCAAAACAAAACAAUCGAGGAGUGCAAAAGAACCCUCCUUGAACAGCCCAUUUGAUGAAGAAUAUGAACCUUUGUUAGAAGAAUACGACAUGUUCGACGGAGAUGAGGAAGCUGCAAUGUGGAUGAAUCUUUCUUCGGAAGAUGCAUGCAGAGAAUCUCCUGCCAGCUCAAAAGGAUUGCCUUUGCUGAGUUCAGGGAAAACCUCGCCUUCCGCAAACAAAGAGCUUGAAGCAAAAAUGAUGAUCGAGAAAGAGACAAAAAGACCCGGAAAAGAUGAGACCGCUCACCUUGGAAAAGACACGGUUUCGAUUGAGAAUCAUGAACAUGAUCGACCUGAACCCAAAAAAAACAUCAAUCGAGUGAAGUGCAUUGCCGAAAACAGUUUCCGACCUUUGGUCAGAUACAGGAGAAAGAGCAAGCCGAACCCUCCAUGGCACCACUAUGAACAUCGAAGAAGAGAUGUACGAUGGGGCACGUCACAGAAGUCAUGGUGGCCGUGGCAAUCAUGA